GAUUGGUGCGAUUCUGUGUCAAUCUAAGCGAGCACGGGUGCUGACUGGCUGGUCCGGGACGCUGAGUUUUUCCUCAGAUGGGGCGGAUUUCAUAGUGCCUCGGUUGACAUUGUUGUUGUUGUGGGAGUCGGAAUGUAGUUUAUAGCAAAGCGUCAAGUCGAAGGAGAAAGUACAAGUGCGAGGAUUUGGAUUAACGCACAGGAGAAGAAGGAACGCGUUUCAGUCCAGAGAGAACUAGGAUGGGACCGUGAGGAGGAGGUUUCUACCGGGAGGCCGAGCUGAAGGUGUUGUUGUAGCGUUGUUGAUCGUGGGCUGUAGGAGAAUCGCUCUCCUGUUCAUUUCCGCUGCCCCGAUGUCCCCCUGCAGCGCAGUCACUUCAUGAUCACAUGACCCUGGAUAUGGACGCAGUCCUGUCCGACUUUGUCCGCUCUACAGGAGCCGAACCCGGACUGGCCAGAGACCUACUGGAGGGUAAGAACUGGGACCUGACGGCCGCCCUGAGCGAUUUCGAGCAGCUGAGGCAGGUGCAUGCUGGGAGUCUGUCCUACUCGUUUCCGGAGGAGAGGGAACAGGCACUGACGGAGCACAAGGACAUGACGAGAGUGGGACGGCCGCUGCUGCACCGGCAGGACGACAUGGUACAAGCCACAGAGAAGCGUCUAUCUCGAGGGAUCUCUCACGCCAGUUCCACCAUCGUGUCUCUGGCUCGCUCGCACGUGUCCAGCGUAGGAGGCGGUGGCGUCGGCACCGAGAUGCUCCUGGACACCCCCGUCUGCACCUUCCAGCUGCCCGACCUCACCGUGUACCGCGACGAUUUCCGCGGCUUCGUCGAGCGCGACCUCAUCGAGCAGUCCAUGAUGGUGGCCCUCGAGCACGCAGGUCGGCUAAAUUGGUGGACGAAGCUGGGCUCCGGAUGCCAGAGUCUGUUGCCCCUGGCUACCAGCGGCGACGGAAACUGCCUCCUUCAUGCCGCCUCUCUGGGCAUGUGGGGCUUCCACGAUCGAGACCUGAUGCUGCGGAAGUCUCUGUACGCCCUGAUUGACCACGGCCAGGAGAGAGAGGCGCUGAAGCGCAGGUGGAGGUGGCAGCAGACCAUGCAGAACAAAGAGUCCGGGCUGGUGUACACUGAGGAAGAAUGGCAGAAGGAGUGGAAUGAGCUGUUGAAGUUGGCCUCCAGUGAACCCAGGAUACACUACAGCACCAAUGGCACCAACGGAGCGGAGUCGCAGGAGGAACCCGUGUACGAGAGUCUGGAGGAGUUCCACGUGUUCGUUCUGGCUCAUGUGCUCCGACGACCGAUAGUCGUGGUGGCCGACACCAUGCUGAGAGACUCGGGAGGAGAGGCCUUCGCCCCGAUCCCGUUCGGUGGGAUUUAUCUACCCCUGGAGGUCCACGCUCACAAGUGUCACCGCUCGCCGCUGGUCCUGGCCUACGAUCAGGCGCAUUUCUCCGCCCUGGUGUCCAUGGAGCAGAAGGACGGUUCCAAAGAGCAAGUGGUGAUUCCUCUGACCGACUCGGAUUAUAAGAUGCUUCCUGUGCACUUCGCUGUGGAUCCAGGCAAGGACUGGGAGUGGGGCAAAGACGACGUGGACAACGUGAUGCUCGCCAGUGUUACUUUAUCUCUGGAGGCGAAGCUCCACCUGCUGCACACCUACAUGAACGUAACGUGGCUUCCUCUGCCGUGUGAGGUACAGCAAGCACCUCUGGCCCAGCCCGAGUCGCCGACUGCCUCGGCCGGCGAGGACGCCCGUACGCCUCCCGACUCUGGAGAAUCCGAUAAAGAGUCUGUGAGCAGCAGCUCCAAUGGAAACGGGGACAGCAGCGCGACGGGCAGCAGCAGCGGAACGGCGGGUAAAUCCUCCAGCUCCUCGAGUUCAUCCAGCAGCGGCUCGACCGGAACCAUGGGUAAGGAGAAGAACAAGAAGGACAAAGAAAAGGACAAAGAUAAAGAUAAGAAGAGGGCUGACUCGGUGGCCAACAAGCUGGGCAGCUUCGGUAAGAGUUUGGGCAGCAAGCUGAAGAAGAACGUGGGCGGUUUAAUGACGGGAAAAGCCGGGACCGGUGGCUCCGGCAAGCCUGAAGGUGUGGAGAAGGAGAAGAAAAAGGGGUCCCUUCGCGGACACAAAGACAACAAGGACAGCAAAGACGGCUCUCCGUCCGCCCAUCCCGGCUCGGAGGACUCCGGCAAAGGCUCGCCGUCCUCGCAGAACGGAAACAGCUCUUCCGAAGGCGACUCGUACAAGUACAGCGCAGACGUAAAGGCGAGUCUGAGCACCCUGCGCGCGGCCAUGCAGGGCGAAAGGCGAUACAUUUUCGCCGGCCUUCUGACCACCAGCGACCGGCAGCCGUACCAGGAAGAGAUGAUUCAGCGAUACCUCGUGGACGCUGAGGAACGUUUCCGUGCAGAGCAGGAGCAGAAAAGGGAGGCUGAGCGCAAAGGGGUGAUUAACGGAGCUCAGCCCAAGAAAGAGCCGUCAGAAUCCGGCUUCCGGGGCUUUGACGGAAAAGAGGACGCGACAGAAGCACCACAUCCUCAUUAUAACACCCUGAAAUCACCCUCUUUUACCCCGUCGCUGUAUACAGGAGUCGUGCCCAUUCCCAGAGCCACCUUCCUCGAGCACUCGCCCGCGCCGCUCCCCCAGCACCUUCACAUUCCCGGCUACAUGGAAGCCCGGCGCCAGCUAGCCGGCGGCUCACCGUCCACCUACCCGGGCCUGCCAUCCUACGCCACCCUUCCCCGUCACUGCCCCUUGAGCCAAGGCCCUGUCCACGCUCACGCUCAUUACCAUCCACCCAGCCCUGCCUGUGCAGCGCCUUGCUUCUCGUCCUCUUACGCCCAUCAGCAGGACAUACCCGAGUUCCACGGCGAGACGGUCGGCGGCGCGUACGCCAACGGCCUGCUGUCGGGACCGGACAGCCGAGGCGGUCCUCCUCCUGUCAGGCACUAUUCUCUGGGCAGCGCCGGCGGAUUGGCAAACCUGCAGUCGAGCCGGUGCCGAACGCCGAGCUGCAACUAUUACGGACAUCCAGAAACCUGCAACUACUGCUCGUACUGCUACAGGGAGGAGCUGAAGAGACGAGAAACCGACACAGCCAUGCACAGGUUCUAAGGUGGCGCCGUGUUCAACUGGUACCCUGUAGUGCCGUCUUCUCCACGCGAGACUCAGCAGGUCUCAAGCAGGAUCUCGCUACAGAAUUUCGACAGGCCCUUCCCGUGCCGUCGUGAGGGCACUACGCUCGGUCGACACCGAGGGGAUGGGCGCAACGUCAAGAGUCCAUACCUCUGUUACUUUUGCAGUGGAUUUUAGGCGGUAGAUUUGUCGUCGGCGCCAUCGUGCCGUUCUUUCUUGCAACACUUCCUGUUUGCGGCGUGGGUGUCGAGGCAGGGUUUUU